AAUGUUGCUGUAUAUAAAAUGCACAGUAGACAGUGCAGUUUGAAUUAUAUCUCAUAAAAAUCAGAAAAUUUGAAAUGAUUAAGAUUUGAAAUCGAUUUCAAAUAUAUCUUAAAUCACGCUAUUUAGAUCGUUAUUUUCCUCUAAUUGCUCGAUUAAUUUACUAAUUACAAAAUUGUUAACUAGUGAUAAAGUUCGUAUACAUUUUUCGAAAUUAUCCCGUAUUAUCCUAUUUCCUCCAGAUCCUGCCGAAUCCCUGCAAAGUUCUCGUCGCACGAAUCUGAAAAAACAACUUUGAAAAAUGGCAGGAAAAAAGAAGAUCAAGAAGGCGAAGAAGCAGAAGAAGAUUGUAGAUGAAUAUCAAUUACGCAGGGACCUAAGGGAGUAUACAAAAAUGACGGAGUCCGCAGACCUAGUGCAGGAAACGGCGGUACUGCCGCAGGACCAGGUGCAAUACUCCGAGGAUAUUAGAAUCGGUGGUAUAGAGGGAGGUGGCACGCACUCUACGCUUGUAAUAGUCGAUGGAAAAGGUGCGCAACUAACGGAAAUUAAAGGACCGAAUACUAAUCAUUGGGCAAUUGGCAUAGAUGAGACAGUUGCCAGACUCAGCGCGAUGAUUGAGAAGGGUAAACAAGCACUAGAUAUACCAGAAUCUGUUCCUUUAGAUUGCGUAGGACUCAGUUUAAGUGGUUGCGAGGAGGAAACCACUAACCGUCAGCUCGUGGAAACUUUGCUGCAGAAAUAUCCAAAUUCUGCCAAGAAUUACGCGAUUAGCUCGGAUACCCUUGGUAGUCUUCGAACUGGCUUGCAAUCAGGCGGAAUUGUAUUGAUUGCCGGAACUGGUAGCAAUGCUAUGCUCCUCAAUUCUGACGGAAAGAUUCACGGAUGCGGAGGAUGGGGACAUAUGAUGGGCGAUGAGGGAGGUGCUUAUUGGAUCGCCCAUCGCGCUUGCAAAUAUGUAUUUGAUGAUAUCGACGGUUUCGCGGAAGCACCAGAACCCAUAAGCUACGUAUGGCCAGCGAUGAGAAGUUACUUCAAUGUGAUCGACAGAAACAGUAUAUUGCCGUAUUUCUAUGCAAAUUUCGACAAGAGCAUUAUCGCCGGUUUCGCCAAAGAGAUCGCGAUCGGUUGCGAGAAAGACGAUCCCUUAUGCCUGAAGAUUUUUGAGGAAGCUGGACGUUUUCUGGCGAAACACAUUAUUGCUCUCUCGAAAAAGGCGCACAACGAUCUUAAAUUGGCUCACGGUGGAUUAAAAGUGAUCUGCGUCGGAUCUGUAUGGAAAUCGUGGAAAUUCAUGAAGAAUGGUUUCGUAAAUGAAAUUCACGACGGACGGGUCGUGGACGAGUUGAGUCUAUUGUAUUUGACGACGACAUCGGCGUUUGGCGCCUGCUAUCUGGCCGCGGAGAAAAUCAAUUAUCCAUUCGUUAAACCGUACGACAGCAACGUCGAAAUCUUCUUCCAUUAUAAGUGAUAAUUAUUCGGAAACGCGAACGACGGAAUUAAAAAAUCAUACGCUAGACUUUCCGAUAACAUUCAUGUUCACGAAAACGGAGAGAUGCAUAAUAAUAUAUAAAUAAAUAAAUAAGUAUACUUUAUAUUAUGCUAGAGAAUAUCUUUUACUUAAUGCUGAAAGAAGCUUUAUCUAUAAAUAUCGCGCAAAAAUUACGAACAGAUUAUCUCUAAAUGAUUGAUAAUUUAAAAAUCCAAAGUCUUGAUUGGCGAUUAAACAUACACAUACAUGCACAAAUAGCAGAUAGCAGAUAAAUAUACAGGAUGAACAAGAUAUAAAAUCUUUAUUUUCCAGCGAUUGUUUGGUAUCGAAGCGGGCAUUGUUUGAUGAAGUUAAUUUUUUUAAAUACAAAAGUUGCUGAAAAAUAAGAAUUUCAUAUCCCGUUCAGUCUCAGAAAUAUUAGCCUGUAACACUUUUAGUGAUUCACCCUAUAUAUAUGAAUGAUGACAAGCUAUAGACAGCUAGAUAAAUCUGCAGAAAUAUAACAAUAAAAAAAAAGUAUCGUUUUAUAAAAAUUACAGAUUUAUAAAAAUAUCGAUUUAAUGUGUAUAUAAAUUUUUAUAAAAAAAAAACAGUAUAAUAAAAUCGUAAAUAUAUAUUUUUCUACACUAA